AGGCUGGGAAGGCCAUUGUGAUUAUGUGGUAACUAUAGUUAUCUUACUACUGAUUUUCCCACUGGAAUCAUGGAGGAGAAACAGCAGAUUAUAUUGGCUAAUCAAGAUGGUGGGACAGUGGCAGGAGCAGCACCUACCUUCUUUGUCAUCCUAAAACAGCCAGGAAAUGGCAAAACUGAUCAAGGAAUUUUGGUUACUAAUCGGGAUGCCUGCGCUUUGGCUAGCAGUGUUUCAUCACCAGGAAAAUCUAAGGGAAAGAUUUGCCUUCCAGCUGAUUGUACUGUAGGAGGAAUCACUGUCACCUUGGAUAACAAUAGUAUGUGGAAUGAAUUCUAUCAUCGAAGCACGGAGAUGAUCCUGACCAAGCAGGGAAGACGCAUGUUUCCUUACUGUCGUUAUUGGAUAACAGGUUUAGAUUCAAAUAUGAAAUAUAUCCUCGUCAUGGAUAUAUCUCCUGUGGAUAACCAUCGUUAUAAAUGGAAUGGUCGCUGGUGGGAGCCCAGUGGGAAGGCUGAACCCCAUGUUUUGGGGAGGGUUUUUAUUCAUCCAGAAUCUCCUUCCACAGGUCAUUAUUGGAUGCAUCAACCAGUAUCUUUCUAUAAACUCAAACUCACCAACAAUACACUGGACCAAGAAGGGCAUAUUAUCUUGCACUCUAUGCAUCGCUACCUGCCGAGGCUUCAUUUGGUGCCUGCAGAGAAGGCUACCGAAGUGAUACAGUUAAAUGGCCCUGGUGUCCACACUUUUACCUUCCCACAGACUGAAUUCUUUGCAGUAACAGCUUAUCAAAACAUUCAGAUUACCCAGUUGAAAAUAGAUUACAAUCCAUUUGCUAAAGGCUUCCGGGAUGAUGGGCUGAAUAGUAAGCCCCAGAGAGAUGGAAAGCAAAAGAACAGCUCUGACCAGGAAGGGAAUAGUGUUCCCAGUUCUCCUGGUCAACGGGUCCGUCUUACAGAAGGUGAGGGGUCAGAGAUACAGCUAACUGAUUCGGAUCCUUUAUUGAGGGGUCAUGAAGCAUCAUGCAAGGGUUUGGAGAAGCCUUCCCUUAAUGUAAAACGAGACUUUCUAGGUUUCAUGGAUAUUGAUUCAGCACUUGGUGAAGUUCCUCAGUUGAAGCAAGAGGUUUCUGAAAGUCUUAUUGGCAACAAUUUUGAAGAUGGCUCCCAUGUAACAUCACCAUUAAACCCAAAUGAAAACUUCAAUGUUGUCAUUAAAGAAGAGCCUCUGGACGAUUAUGAAUAUGAACUUGGUGAGUGCCCAGAAGGGGUCACUGUGAAACAGGAAGAGACAGAUGAGGAAACAGAUGUGUACUCAAACAGUGAUGAUGAUCCUAUACUAGAGAAACAGUUGAAGAGGCACAAUAAAGCUGAUAAACUAGAAGCUGACCAUCCUUCUUCUAAAUGGCUACUACCAAAUAGCCCAUCAGGUGUUGCUAAAGCUAAAAUGUUCAAAUUAGACGCUGGAAAGAUGCCAGUAGUCUAUCUGGAGCCCUGUGCUGUCACCAAAAGCACAGUGAAGAUUUCUGAGCUCCCUGAUAACAUGCUUUCCACAUCUCGGAAGGAUAGAACUUCUGCGUUGACAGAGUUAGACUAUUUGCCUACGUACAUUGAAAAUUCUAAUGAGACUGGCUUCUGCUUAGGCAAGGAAUCAGAAAAUGGUCUUAGAAGACAUUCACCAGAUCUCAGAGUGGUACAAAAAUAUCCCUCACUUAAAGAUCCUCAGUGGAAAUAUCCUGAUAUAUCUGACAGCAUUAACACAGAAAAAAUACCUGAUGGUUCAAAGAGUUCAGUUGGGGACUCAUUUUUAGGAAAAGAAGACUUGGGCAGAAAGAAAACUAUGCUUAAGAUUUCAAUGGCCUCCAAGACUGUGAAUGCUAAUCAGAAUGCCCCUCCAAAUGUCCCUGGAAAAAGAGGAAGGCCACGAAAACUGAAACUCUCUAAGGCAGGGCGGCCACCUAAAAACACAGGAAAAUCUUUAACUUCUACAAAGAACACUCCUACGGGCCCUGGGAGUACCUUUCCAGAUGUGAAACCUGAUCUGGAAGACGUAGAUGGUGUUCUCUUUGUUUCCUUUGAAUCGAAGGAAGCUCUAGAUAUUCAUGCAGUUGACGGAACAACAGAAGAAUCCUCUAGUCUUCAGGCAUCAGCCACAAAUGACCCAGGUUGCAGAGCAAGAAUUUCCCAGUUGGAAAAGGAAUUAAUAGAAGAUUUGAAGGCCUUGCGGCACAAGCAGGUCAUACAUCCUGGUCUUCAGGAAGUUGGCUUAAAAUUGAAUUCAGUGGAUCCAGCAAUGAGUAUUGAUCUUAAAUACUUGGGAGUACAGCUGCCUUUGGCUCCAGCCACUAGCUUUCCUUUCUGGAACCUUACAGGAACCAACCCUGCCUCACCUGAUGCUGGAUUUCCCUUUGUUUCUAGGACAGGGAAGACUAAUGACUUCACCAAGAUCAAGGGAUGGAGGGGAAAGUUUCAUAGUGCUUCUGCAUCUAGGAAUGAGGGUGGAAAUUCAGAAGGUUCAUUGAAAAACCGUUCUGCUUUCUGCAGUGAUAAGCUGGAUGAGUACUUGGAAAAUGAAGGCAAGCUGAUGGAAACAAGCAUGGGUUUCUCUUCUAAUGCUCCCACAUCUCCUGUGGUAUACCAGCUUCCCACCAAGAGUACCAGCUAUGUUCGAACACUUGAUAGUGUACUGAAGAAGCAAUCUACCAUUUCCCCUUCUACCUCUUACUCUUUGAAGCCUCAUUCUGUACCUUCUGUCUCUCGAAAGGCAAAGUCUCAAAACAAACAGGCACCUUUCAGUGGCCGAACUAAAUCAUCUUAUAAAUCCAUUUUACCAUACCCUGUUUCACCAAAGCAGAAACAUAGUCAUACUAUUCCAGGAGAUAAGGUUACCAAGAAUUCUUCAACCACCAUCUCAGAAAAUCGGGUGAAUAACUUGGUUGUGCCAACUUUAGAUGAAAAUACAUUUCCAAAGCAGAUUAGUUUGCGGCAGGCACACCAACAGCAGCAGCAGCAGCAACAACAGGGAACUCGCCCUCCAGGAUUGUCUAAAUCUCAAGUGAAGCUAAUGGAUCUGGAAGACUGUGCACUUUGGGAAGGAAAACCAAGGACCUAUAUCACUGAAGAGCGAGCAGAUGUAUCCUUAACAACUCUGCUUACGGCUCAAGCAUCUCUCAAAACUAAACCCAUCCACACGAUCAUAAGGAAACGAGCCCCUCCAUGCAACAAUGACUUCUGUCGAUUGGGUUGUGUAUGUUCAAGUCUAGCUUUGGAGAAGCGCCAGCCUGCUCACUGCCGCCGACCAGACUGCAUGUUUGGCUGCACUUGUUUGAAAAGAAAAGUUGUACUUGUUAAAGGGGGAUCCAAAACUAAGCAUUUCCAGAGGAAGACUGCUCAUCGUGAUCCAGUAUUUUACGAUAAUUUGGGCGAGGAGCAAAGAGAAGAAGGAGAAGAGGGAGUCAGGGAGGAGGAAGAACAAUUGAAAGAGAAAAAGAAGAGAAAGAAGCUAGAAUACACUAUAUGUGAAACAGAGCCUGAACAGCCUGUUCGACAUUACCCAUUAUGGGUGAAAGUAGAAGGUGAAGUAGAUCCAGAGCCAGUUUAUAUCCCAACGCCUUCUGUCAUUGAGCCUAUGAAACCAUUGUUGUUGCCUCAGCCAGAAGUUUUAUCUACUACUGUAAAGGGCAAACUGCUCACUGGAAUUAAACCUGCAAGGGCAUAUACUCCCAAACCCAAUCCUGUGAUUCGGGAAGAAGACAAGGAUCCAGUCUACUUGUACUUUGAAAGUAUGAUGACUUGUGCCCGAGUUCGAGUGUAUGAACGAAAACAAGAGGAACAGAGACAACCAUCACCGUCACCAUCCCCGUCGUUUCAGCAGCAGGGCUCAUGUCAUUCUAGUCCUGAGAACUGUAGUGUAAAGGAGCCGGAUUCUGAACAGCAGCCCUUGAAACCAAUCACGUGUGACCUGGAGGACGAUUCUGAUAAAUCACAAGAAAAGAGCUGGAAGUCUUCCUGCAAUGAAGGGGAAUCCUCUUCUACCUCCUAUGUGCAUCAGAGGUCACCUGGCGGUCCCACCAAACUGAUAGAAAUCAUCUCAGACUGCAACUGGGAGGAGGAUCGGAACAAGAUUUUGAGCAUCUUAUCGCAGCACAUCAAUAGCAACAUGCCACAGUCACUUAAGGUGGGCAGCUUCAUCAUUGAGUUGGCUUCUCAGCGAAAGAGCCGGGGUGAAAAGAAUCCUCCUGUUUAUUCUUCUCGUGUGAAAAUCUCUAUGCCAUCAUGUCAAGACCAAGAUGAUAUGGCUGAGAAAUCUGGAUCAGAGACUCCUGACGGUCCAUUAUCCCCUGGGAAAAUGGAUGAUAUCUCUCCUGUGCAGACAGAUGCCCUGGAUUCAGUGAGGGAGAGAUUACAUGGAGGCAAAGGUCUGCCCUUUUAUGCAGGGCUUUCUCCUGCAGGGAAGCUUGUGGCCUAUAAACGUAAACCCAGUUCAAGCACAUCUGGGCUUAUCCAGGUAGCAUCCAAUGCCAAGGUGGCUGCAUCCAGGAAACCACGUACCCUGUUGCCUUCAACAUCCAAUUCCAAAACGGCAUCCUCCUCCAGCGCUACAACAAAUCGCCCUGGGAAGAAUCUGAAGGCAUUUGUCCCGGCGAAAAGACCAAUUGCGGCUCGACCCUCUCCUGGUGGUGUGUUCACACAGUUUGUGAUGAGUAAAGUUGGAGCCCUGCAGCAGAAGAUACCUGGAGUUAGCACACCCCAACCCCUAACAGGGCCACAGAAGUUCAGUAUCAGACCUUCUCCAGUAAUGGUCGUCACACCUGUGGUUUCUUCUGAGCCAGUUCAGGUGUGCAGUCCUGUGACUGCUGCUGUCACUACUACCACCCCUCAAGUGUUUUUAGAGAAUGUUACUGCUGUGACACCUGUGACUGCUAUUUCUGACGUGGGAACUAAGGAAACUACUUAUUCUUCUGGUGCCACCACUGCAGGGGUUGUUGAGGUCUCUGAAACUAAUACCAGCACCCUUGUAACACCUACCCAGUCUACAGCCACUGUGAACCUUAUCAAAACGACUGGGAUAACUACCCCUGUGGCUUCAGUUGCUUUUCCUAAGUCUUUGGUAGCAUCUCCUCCAACCAUAACUCUUCCUGUUGCUUCCACUGCCUCCACCUCCAUAGUCGUGGUGACCACAGCUGCAUCUUCCUCCAUGGUGACCACACCAACUUCAUCUCUGAGCUCUGUUCCCAUUAUACUCUCGGGAAUUGAUGGGAGUCCACCAGUGAGCCAGAGACCAGAAAAUGCUCCUCAGAUUCCAGUGGCUACUCCACAGGUCUCUCCUAACACAGUGAAACGUGCUGGACCUCGAUUGUUGUUGAUUCCAGUGCAGCAGGGUUCUCCUACUCUUAGACCUGUCCCAAACACACAACUUCAGGGACAUCGGAUGGUCUUGCAGCCUGUUAGGAGCCCAAGUGGAAUGAACCUGUUCAGGCACCCUAAUGGGCAGAUUGUCCAGCUCCUCCCUUUGCAUCAGCUUCGAGGCUCUAAUACCCAGCCCAACUUACAGCCUGUCAUGUUUCGGAACCCAGGGUCUGUGAUGGGAAUCCGGUUACCCACUCCUUCCAAACCUUCAGAGACUCCACCAUCUUCUGCUUCGUCCUCCUCUUUCUCUGUUAUGAAUCCUGUAAUUCAGGCUGUUGGGUCUUCUCCAGCAAUGAAUGUUAUCACUCAGGCACCAUCAUUGCUUUCUUCUGGACCUAGUUUUGUGUCUCAGUCUGGUACAUUGACUCUGAGGAUUUCCCCUCCUGAACCACAAAGCUUUGCAAGCAAAACAGGCUCUGAAACCAAAAUAACCUAUAGUUCAGGAGGGCAGCCUGUUGGUACAGCCAGUCUUAUUCCUCUCCAGUCUGGUAGUUUUGCCUUGUUGCAGCUCCCAGGACAAAAGCCUGUUCCCAGCUCCAUUCUUCAGCAUGUUGCUUCACUUCAGAUGAAAAGAGAAUCUCAGAAUGCAGACCAGAAAGAUGAAACAAGCUUUUUAAAAAGAGAACAGGAAACUAAGAAGGCCCUACAGUCAGGAGGAGAAGCUAUAGACCCUGAGGCUAAUAUAAUAAAGCAAAACUCAGGAGCUACUGUCUCAGAAGAAACUCUGAAUGAUUCCUUGGAAGAUGGGGGUGACCAUUUAGAUGAAGAAUCCCUUACAGAAGAAGGUCCUGCAACUGUUAAACCUUCUCAGCAUGCCUAUAGCACUGGCUCACACACAGGUGAAGACUAUAAAAAUGUUGAUGAAGAGUAUGGGAUUAGGAAUCAUAACAGUUCCAAAGAAAAACUGACUGUUCUGGAAGUUAAGACCAUUUCUGGAAGAGCCAGUAAUAUGACAGUCCAAAGUGUGAGUAAUGUGCAGCUUAAAAAACUUGAUGUGAAAGUGGAACAGCAGAAAGGCUUAGACAAUCCAGGGGAAAAAUCAAAUGAAUUUCCAAUUAUCUCUAAAGAAGAAAGUAAACUUGAAUUUUCAGGGAGCAGAGUUGUGGAGCAGCAAUCUAAUCCAAAGCCAGAGGCCAAGGAGAAGGGAUGUGGAGAUUCUCUGGAGAAGGACAGCAUUAGGGAGAGGUGGAGAAAACACCUAAAGGGCCCUUUGACCCAGAAAUGUGUUAGAACUUCACAAGAAUGCAAGAAAGAGACAGAUGAGCAGUUAAUUAAAGAAACAGAAACUUGUCAGGAAAAUUCAGAUGUGUUUCAACAAGAACACGGCAUCUCUGAUUUACUUGGAAAAAGUGGAGCUACUGAGAAUGCCAGAAUUUUAAAAACUGAAUGUGAUUCUUGGAGUAGGAUUUCUAGUCCUGCAGCCUUCUCCAUAUUUCCUAGGAGAGCUACCAAAGGGAGCAGAGGGGAAGGACAUUUUCAAGGUCACUUACUGCUAUCAGGAGAACAGAUAAAACCAAAGCAAGAGAAGAAGGGUGGGAGAAGCAGUGCUGACUUCACUGUUUUGGAUUUGGAAGAGGAUGAUGAGGAAGAUGAGAAUGAGAAAACCGAUGAUUCUAUUGAUGAGAUUGUGGAUGUUGUUUCUGACUACCAGAGUGAGGAGGUUGAUGAUGUAGAAAAGAAUAACUGUGUAGAAUACAUUGAGGAUGAUGAAGAGCAGGUGGACAUUGAGACUGUAGAAGAGCUCCCGGAGGAAGUUAAUGUUGUCCACAUGAAGACCACAGCUGCCCAUACACAGACUUUCAAACAGCUGUGCCGUACGCAUAUCACUACAGAUGAGAAAGCUGCUGAAAAGAGUCGAAAGGCUACACCAGUUCCUCUAAAACUAAAACCUGAUUACUGGAGUGAAAAACUACAGAAAGAAGCAGAGGCUUUUGCUUAUUAUCGCCGGACACACACUGCCAAUGAGCGGCGCCGCCGUGGUGAAAUGAGGGAUCUCUUUGAGAAAUUGAAGAUCACGUUGGGGUUACUUCAUUCUUCCAAGGUUUCCAAAAGUCUCAUUCUUACUAGGGCAUUCAGCGAAAUUCAAGGACUAACAGAUCAGGCAGACAAGUUGAUAGGACAGAAAAAUCUCCUGACUCGCAAACGGAAUAUUUUGAUACGGAAAGUAUCAUCUCUUUCAGGUAAGACAGAAGAAGUGGUCCUGAAGAAGCUAGAGUAUAUUUAUGCAAAACAACAAGCAUUAGAGGCACAAAAAAGAAAAAAGAAGAUGGGAUCAGAUGAGUUUGAUGUGUCUCCCAGAACUAGCAAACAGCAGGAAGGAUCUUCUGCAUCAUCUGUAGAUCUCGGACAGAUGUUUAUAAAUAACAGGAAGGGGAAACCUUUGAUUCUUUCCAGAAAAAAAGACCAGGCCACAGAAAAUACCUCACCCUCUAACACUCCACACACCUCUGCCAACAUUGUGAUGACUCCACAGGGGCAGUUGCUCACUUUAAAAGGUCCCUUAUUCUCAGGACCAGUGGUUACUGUUUCUCCUGCUCUCCUAGAAGCAGAUCUGAAACCUCAAGUUGCCAGCAGUGCUGUGGCUCAGUCAGAAAACGACGACUUAUUUAUGAUGCCAAGAAUUGUUAAUGUGACAUCAUUGGCCACGGAGGGAGGUUUGGUAGAUAUGGGUGGCAGCAAAUACCCUCAUGAAGUUCCUGAUGGCAAGCUGCCCGACCACCUGAAAAACACUGUCAGGAAUGAAGAUAACUCCUGUGAAGAUUUGGGUAGAAUCUCUUCCAGAGGCAACCACAGAGAUGUCAGAAUGGCACUGGGUACAACACAGGUUUAUCUGUCAAAUAAAGAUUCUGGUUUUCCACAAAUAGUUGAUGUUUCCAGUAUGCAAGAAGCACAGGAGUUCUUACCCAAAAAGAUUUCCAGUGAUAUGAGAGGAAUUCAGCAUAAAUGGAAAGAGAGUGAAUCAAGACGGGAGAGAUUGAAGACAAAAGAGUCUCCAUUUCAUAAAUUAAAGAUGAAAGAUCUCAAAGACUCAAGCAUAGAGAUGGAAUUGAGAAAGGUAGCAUCAGCUAUAGAGGACGCAGCACUGGAUCCCAGCGAACUGCUAACUAAUAUGGAAGAUGAGGAUGAUACUGAUGAGACACUGACAUCUCUGCUCAAUGAGAUUGCCUUUCUUAAUCAGCAGUUAAAUGAUGACUCUGUUAACCUGGCUGAACUGCCCAGCUCUAUGGAUACAGAGUUCCCAGGGGAUGCUCGACAGGCUUUUAUCAGUAAGCUUCCUCCUGGGAACAGAGCAACUUUCCAGGUUGGCCACUUGGGAACUGGUUUGAAAGAAUUGCCUGAUGUUCAAGGGGAGAGUGACUCUGUCAGCCCGCUCCUCUUGCACUUGGAAGAUGAUGACUUUUCUGAGAAUGAAAAACAACUUGCAGAACCAGCCUCUGAGCCAGAUGUCCUUAAGAUUGUUAUUGACUCUGAGAUAAAGGAUUCCCUUGUUUCCCACAGGAAAGCUGGUGAUGAAGGGAAGAGUACUUCUGGCAUCCCUGCAGAGCCUGAAAGUGUGUCUUCACCCCCCAUCCUACACAUGAAGGCUGGCCUAGAAAACAGCAGCACAGAUACUUUGUGGAGGCCGAUGCCAAAAUUGGCACCUCUAGGUUUAAAAGUAGCUAAUCCUUCCAGUGAUGCAGAUGGUCAGAGUCUCAAGGUGAUGCCUUGUUUGGCACCUGUAGCUGCCAAAGCUGGGUCAGUUGGACACAAAAUGAACUUAACAGGGAAUGACCAGGAAUGCCGGGACAGCAAGAUGAUGCCUACAUUGGCACCUGUUGUGGCCAAACUGGGCAACUCUGGGGCCUCACCAAGUUCUGCAGGGAAAUGA